AUGGAUAAGCUCACUUCUCCCGGGCAUCGUGGACCUGUCUACGGGUCCCACGUCAACCGAGUUGUCCAGCAAGAAACCUCUUCACCGAGCUCUGAAGACGGAUGCCAACCCAGAAAGCCUCACGGUGCAUUCAGAUCUUUCCGGCUCCGUUCCAAGUCAGCAGAAAUCAGGCCUAAGCUAAACAUCAGUUGGCCAACUACGCCCACAUCAACCUCUUCCAUUUCCGGAGUAUCCGAUUGCAGAGCUGAUAAUAAUUCUGCUACCUGGUCUACACCAAGCCUCCGGGACAUCGCACACUCACGUGCCCGCUCUUAUCCAUCCGGUGCUGGUUCACAUAAAAAACCCACAAAAGGCUCAAAGAAUUCGGCCGGUUCCACUGCUGGUUUCAAUUCUACGAUCAAAAACUUCUUGCACGGACACAGAAAGUCCAAAGAAAAGGAGCCAGAGACCACCCGUGCCCAACCACUAGUCUCACCGCGGAGUGCAACGUUUCUGCCUCAUUUUUCACAUUUGUCCAAACCAUCUACCCAGAAUCGUUUGAGAAAACAGAAACUACGCUCAGCAAGCGAUCCUAUUUCUGCUACCAGAACUGUUGGUUGCGACCAACGACGGUUGACCCCCCGACGUGGCGCAAGUGAAUGGAGAUACUCCCAACUCCCGUCUAUUCCUCAGGCUCCCACCCCCGCCAAUUCCUCCAUUGCCAAUUCUUGUCCGCCCACCUCAACCCCCAACUACCAUCGCUACCAUCAAUUCUCUCCCGAUUCAUCUGACGAUCUUACCGAGGAAGCACUACUACCACCACUCAACCUAAUCAGACCUUUUCGCGCCCUCCGCAUCCCAGCGGCUCGUUUCAGAAACCAAAACCUCACAAUGGAGCCUCCACGCACCUCCCGGCUCCUGGACCCCACGUCCGCCAUCAGCGCCAUCACGAAACACAAAGCAGAGGCCAUCAAGCUCGCCAGAGAGCAGGCUACGGCGGUCCAGGAAAUGUGCCGGCGAGCCAAAACUGAUACUCCACCUUACGAAUUCGAAGAGUUGAUUGGCAAAGGCACUUACGGUCGCGUGUACAAGGGCCACUCGCCUUCAUCAGACAAAAUUGUUGCCAUCAAAGUCAUGGACAUUGAUUCUCUAGACUACAAGUCUGUCCGCGAUAUGAAGGAUGAAUCAAUCAAGGAUUUCAUUCAUGAGACCAAAGUUAUGAAGCAGGUCAAAGAUGCGGGCGCAAAGAACAUCAACGAACUGAUCGAAGCAAUUUCAAUUCACUCCCAACUGUGGUUGGUCUGCGAGUACUGUCCUGGUGGCAGUGUUCGAACUUUGAUGCGAGCUACCAAUGAUCGACUUGACGAAAAAUUCGCAAUUCCAGUGGCACGCGAGCUUGCUGCUGGCUUACGCGCCAUCCACGAUGCAGGUAUCAUUCAUCGGGAUAUUAAAGCUGCCAACGUCUUGAUCCACGAAGAAGGUCGUCUACAAAUCUGCGAUUUUGGAGUCGCUGGUGUUCUACAAUCCCAGUUGGACAAGCGAUCAACCUGGAUAGGAACACCCCACUGGAUGCCACCAGAGAUGUUCUCUACUCGUGGCCAGGCUCACCAAUACGGUAGCGAGAUCGAUGUUUGGGCUUACGGAUGUACCUUGUUUGAACUGGCGACCGGAAACCCACCAAAUGCCAACCUGCGCGAAAGAAUGCAGAUCGGCAGACAGUUAAACCGAAAGACACCAAAGCUUGAUAAUGAGAAGUACAGCGAUGGUCUCAGAAGCCUUGUCGCAUUCUCCCUCGAAUCCGAUCCUUUCCGUCGACCUACAAUGGCAGAUGUGCAACAGCAUUCCUAUAUUGCCGACUCGGAAGAAGAAUAUCCUACAUCCUCUCUUAGUGAACUGGUACGAAUCUAUUACCAAUGGUCGCAGCGAGGCGGCCAGAGAAUAUCUCUGUUCCAUCCAGGCGGUGCCGCAGCUGCAGAGAUGCCCGAUGCACCUUCGGAUGCAGAGGAAGACUGGAAUUUCAGCACCACGGAUGGUUUCGAAAAGAGAUUCUCUAUCAUUGAUCUGGACCAGAUCGCUGCCUCUCUGGCUGAAAUGGAAGAAGAGAUCAGUCCUACCAAGAACCAGCCCAACCAGGACUCCUUUGAUGAGCUUACCGUCACUGCAAUGACUAAAGAAGAUCAAGUCAAUUUUGAUGAGCGCGUCCGUCGUGGUGCUGAGGCUAUGGAAGGGCUUUUCAACGAAGAGAUGCCCAGCUACACAUACGAAACUAAGAAUGACUUUGUGCCCUUUGAGGACAAACCGGUGUCUGAUUUGCCGCUUCGCACCGAAACCGAUCGGUCUUCUGUUACUUCGACUUUUAUCGAUAUUGAUAUUGGCGCAUUCGACUCUUCACAUUAUGCUGCCGGGGCCUCUUCUGCCCAGCCGUUCCAGCUCGCUGACGCUGAUACCAUUCGAGCCAACAGGUCCAGUGGCCGUGCGCACCGCAAUUCCAACGAGAGUCGCUCUCGCUCUUCAAGUAGUGGGUUCAGCAGUGACCGUGACCCCGAAGAUGUUCCCUUCAAGCCCCAGACUGGACCACGCCCUCCUACUAUGGACUGGAAGUUCCCUGUCUUCAUGCAAGCACCUCAGGAAGAGGAUAACGAAGUCGAGGCAGAAGCAGAGACAGAGACAGAGGCGCCACCCCCUCCUGAGCCUGAGCCGGCUCCUACUGAAUCCGACCUAGCGGCAAGGCGGGCAACUAUGGAAUGGACGUUCCCCGUCAUGACGGCGGCCGCGGAUGGCCAGGAGAACAGCGACAGCGCGGUGGCUCCAGCUCGCUACGAUACCCUCCGAGCCCCUGUGCUCGAACUUGAGCCGUCAGCCACCAUCCGUCCUUCUAGCAUCGGCGAGCCAGGCGACUCUCGGCCGUCCACAUCGGCGUCUGCCAAGUCGAGCAUAUCCAUAAGUUCGGACACAGACUACGAUCCGUUCCGCUUCGAUCGUCCCGCGGGAUCUCCAGAGACCAGCUUCGACAACGAGUUCCCGGAGAUAAUCGAGUCAAGCGAUUAUGCGGAAGACGACCGUUCGUCGGUCCUUGAUGGACCUGGGCCAGACGAAGAGGAGAGCCCCCAGGAGCCGUUCCCAGCGGCUCACGCCGAGCCUUUGCCCACGGCUCGGCGUGAGCCUCCGCUGACAGCAAGGCCGGGAAUUGAAUCGAUUCAGUUCCCGACCUUGCUGCCCCCUCGCCCCGAGGUCCUCAUUGAAGGGGCCGGUGAGGGGGAGGUGACAGCGGAGCUGGAUCGGCUCCUGGGGGACUUUCUACAGGCCCUCUCAGCGACUGGGGAGGCGCUUGCGAAGACAACCAUCGAGGCCGAGUCCACCCAUGACAUGGACUCGGCCUCGAAGGGACAAGAGUGA